UUCUUGUUUGCUUGGCAAAGAAAUUUUUGAGUUUCAGAUCGGGAGAACAGUGAGAUCAUCGGAGCAAUCUUCUCUCUCUCCCCCUCCUCAUCACCCGCACACCGCCCCCGCAAGCACCACCCGCCGCCGCCACAGUGCCUUAGGGCCCGGCCACAAAUGCCCUAAUCCCCAAAUCCACCUGCCCAGCUCUCCCUCCGCCGCCGGCGCCCGUACAUGCUCGCGAAGUUCCGGCCCCUCAUGGCAACGGCGGCGAAGGCGAAGCCCCCCUCGGCCCUAUCGGUUUCCACAGCGGCGGAGAGGGACGAGUACCCGCAGUACAACCACACGGACGCGUGCCGCCACCUCCGGUGGACAGCCAAGGAGAGCUAUGAGUACAUGCACGCGCGGCCUUGGAGCAGGGUGGUCGACUUCUACGCCAUGCUCGUCCGCACCGGCGCCGGGACGGCGGGGCUCGCCGAGAUGUUCAGGAAAGAUGAGAAAGAUCAUAUCAGUGGUACUGAUGGAGAGGAUUUUGAAACAUCAUCUGAGAAACAGAUGGCAGUUGCAUCCUCCAAAGCCCGGGGAGGCAGAUGGGAAAGAUUAAACUUUAAAAUUGUUCUUUCAUAUCAUGGGGGGUCGUUUGAUGGUUGGCAGAAGCAGCCUGAUCUCAACACUGUUCAAGGGUUAGUGGAAAAACAUUUGGGACAAUUUGUUGAUGAGAGAAAAGCUAAACAACUUCAAGAAAGAUCUCUGCCAAUAGAGGGGUGUGCCACUGUUGCUGGGCGCACUGAUAAAGGGGUGACUGCUCUUCAGCAAGUCUGCUCAUUUUAUACAUGGAGAAAUGAUGUAAAGCCUAGCGAUAUAAAAGACACAAUUAAUGAGGCUGCACCAGAUAAACUUAAAUCUUUGUUUGUGUCAGAGGUCUCGCGUCAAUUUCAUCCUAAUUUUUCAGCCAAAUGGAGGAAAUACCUUUAUAUAUUUCCUCUUGAUCAGGACGCUGAACCAAUCUCUGGGAAAGAACUGUCCUCUAUAAUACUAGAGAAUCCUGAAUACAAUGUAACGUGUCGGAGUUUUGAUGUGGCCAAGGUUGACAAAAUCAUUAGAAAACUGGAAGGAAAAUUGCUAUCAUACAAAAUAUUUGCGCGUGAUACACAAGCUUCACGGAGUGAUGGCCCAGCUACGGAGUGUUUUAUGUUCCAUUCUCGAGCUGCAGUUUCGAAACUAUAUUCUGCUGAUGAGAAUUUCAAAGAAGGCACUAAGGUCAUGUGCAUCGAGCUAGUCGCGGACAGGUUCCUACGCAAGAUGGUUAGGGUUCUUGUCGCGACCGCCAUAAGGGAGGCUGCUGCUGGCGCUGAAGACGAUGUGUUGCUGAACCUGAUGGAAGCCACUUGCAGGCGCGCAACGGCUCCCCCGGCACCCGCAGAGGGCCUCUGCCUUGCAGAUGUUGGCUAUGAAGAUUUCAACAAACACAAGUGCUUCAUUGUUGACUAAAUGAAGUAGUCUACCAGCUGGGGAGAAGCACAAGAUGCAUGAUUCUUCAACAAGCGAAGAUCAAAUCAUUCCGUUUUUUGCCGUGGAUCCUGCAUGUCUCACUUGUGUAAGCUCAAUCUGACCAAUUUCACAUUUCUCGGCUAUUAUUCAUACGCCAAUUGGAAAUUCGGAUGUGUAGCCCAUGUGAACUUUGGGCCCUCUUGUGAAGCCCAGAUAAAAACACUUUAGCUUAAAUGGAAUGAGAAGGAGAAAUUAUACA